UGUACGUACAUUGAACGUCAUUUUUAUCGUAUCAGAUUGAUGAAACUUCUGAAAUACUUGUAGACUGUCAGUUUUUCAGUCUGCAGGCAAAAUGGUAAAUUUUCCAAAUUUUUUGAAGUAACGAGAUCUUUGUGUUGGUAUUCUGUUCUACGUAUGCUAGGAGAAAUCACUAUAUAACCAAAUUUAAUGGUUGAAUGAUCUACAGUUGGAGGAAAUAGGAGUAGUGGAGAGUACUUGUAUUAAAAGUACACUGCAGUAUACUGUUUUUAUAAACUACAAUAAAUUGCUUUAAUUAUUAUUAACAAUGAGUGAGUUAGUUUGGGGCAUAAAAAAUGGUGAUCUGGAACAGGUCCGAGACAUCGUUGAAAAGAAGGACAUAGAUGUUAACCAAAUGAUUGAUGGAAGGACACCAUUACAUUAUGCAGCAGACUAUGGUCAAUGGGAGGUUGUGCGAUAUCUGCUGGAAAAAGGAGCUAAUGUUAAUGCAACAGACAAACAUGGCAUAACAACACUAUUAGCAGCUAUUUGGGAAGGUCAUACAGAGUGUGUAAAGUUAUUGCUAGAAAAGGGAGCAAAUCCUGAUGGGACAACACCUGAUGGUACUAGUUACUUAGAUGCUGCUGAGAAGGAGGAAAUCAAAGAGCUUUUUGAACUUCGCUAGCACAAAACCAAACAGUGUUUAAAAUUUUAAUUUUAAUACUUUAGUACUUUAAUGUUCCUUGUAGGAUAUUAUUGUUGCUUUCUUUUAUUAAUUGUCUGCAUACAACUAGACUACAAUAUUUAUGUAUUUUAAACGAAAAUAGCUAUGCUAAAAGUAGAUUUUAUAAUAUACUAUACGAUGCGAGUAUAAGAUCAAACUUCAUAUUACUAUGUACUUUUUUAAUGAUACUAGGCAGAGAUAUGUCUAAAUUGUGAUUGAAUACCGUCUCAAUACCAUUCUGCUGUUUUUUAUAUUAAGUUAAUAUUGUAUACCAAGGAUAAAUUCUCAAACUUAACAGUGGUUAUCAUUCUUGAUUUUGCUGGACUGUUAACGGAACUGGUAAAAUAUUGUUGGUAUUAAAAUAAAUUAAUGAGAACCACUAUUAUAUUUUGUAAUCUAUCAUCAAUGUGAUGAAUUGAACUAUACAAUGUAAAAUUGUAUAGCUGAGUUACGUUGGCUGAUUGUCAUACUCUUAUAUGAGGGCUGAUAUAGAAUCUUAUCUUUUUCCCGUUAGGGUAACUGGGUAUACGAAAUGCAAAUUACGAAAUCGUUUGCAUAUAUUUUACGAGAAUCGCUAGUUUCAUAUUUUAGAAGUCUAUGUGCUACAUACAUAAGAAUACAAUUGCAAUAUUAAGGUUGUAAUAAUAAAAUCAAAUCAAAUCUAAAGAUGCCCUAAAUUAUAAAAAGGAAAGCUUAGCCACCACUACCAUGUGAAUAUGGGAAGAUACUAUGAGCUUGUGCUGUAGAGUAAUGAAACAUAUAGAUUUGAUUGUUAAUAUCUAUAAAGCAUUGUUCUUUAUUAACCCCUUGACUGUACACAAUCUUUUUUUAUUACUGUGUCCUUUUUACUGACAAACUUAUUUACUCAAUAAUUGAGUAUCAGAAUUUAGAGAGAAAUUUAUUUUGAAUAGCAGUAUUUCUUAAGUAAAUAAAACACUCGCAUAUUCCAUGCGGUCGUGUAAGAAUAUAUAAAUAUUGUUUAUUGUAUAAACAAAAUAUGUUAAUUGUUUGUCAAGGGGUUAUACUUGAUGUGAUUGGUAAUUUACUUUGAAAAAACAAAUUGUAAUAACAUAAUUUAAGAAACAUCUCUGUUCUAUUCAAUAGAGCCAAAAACAGUAAACAAUUUACCACAA